AGCCCUUUUCGUCAUGAGCAGACGGCAUUACGUCGAGCCGCAUCAAACGCCUCCAUUCAGAGCUGGCUUUUAUUAUGCAGAAACACGAGUAUUUUUUUAGUUUUACCGAGACAAUACGACCGAAUAAUAACAACGCGCGAGUUUGUAAGUUACCUCCAGUUUUGCAACUUCUACUGCCGAAAGGUGGAGCGGACGGGCGCAUGAGUCAGCAGCUGUACGGUAGGCUCGUACAGUUCCCCAAGAAAAUACCCGUAGAUAAUCAGGCACAAUCCAGAGGUGAACUGAACAGCACACUACAGAAUGCAGGAUUCAUGUGACUAAAAAGGCAUGGACCCCUCCAGUGUUUCCCGUUUGGUUAAGCCAUCCUCAGGCACGUUCAAAGGACGCCCACCCAAACAUUCUCAACCCCUGGAGACAGUACAGUUGGACAGCACUGAAAAUGACAAUCAUGGUCCCUCCCCCAAUGAGAGAACAGGCAAAAAGAAGAAAGGGCACCACUGUGUGGAGGUACCAGACCAUUGCACAAUUCCUGAAACGGUGGUGGAGAAUUUCAGUUACGGCUGUCCAUACUGCGAGGCUGUGUUCACCACAAAAGUUCACCUGCAGAAGCACAAACUGUGGAAUCAUUCAGAGAGGGUCAACAUGGAGAGGAAGAUAGCAGUGACCAUGGAGCAAGUGGUUGAGCUGAAAGCUAAGCCAAAACUGCAAACAAACCCUGUAAAUUCUAAAAAGAGAGUGUGUGGGCCAUGCCUCAGGCCUGUGGAGAACAGCUCCUCCUUGCCAGUCUUUUUAAAGGUAAAAAAGACCCAGGAAAUGUCCCAGCCGUCACAGAAUGGCGAGUGCACUGACCAGAGGACAGAGACAACCCAAGAACCCAGAUCCCAGCAACAGCAUCAAAAGAAAACUCUGUCAGAUGCUGGGGGCAGUGAAAGUGGGGGAAGUGGUUUACCUCCAAAUUUCCCUGAAGAAGACCCAGAAAGGAUGAAGCAUAAGCUAGGGAGGAAACAGAAAACUCCAAAGAAGUUCACUGGGGAGCAGCCCUCAAUCUCUGGAACAUUUGGCCUGAAAGGGAUGAAUAAGGUAGAUGAAAAGCUGAAAGUAGGCAGGACAAAGCGACCAGAGGGGGCACUUUUCAAUGAGGAGUCCCAGAAGAGGCAACUCACCCCGGUUCCAGCCAAAAGGGAAUCAACCUGCCAUAGACAAGCACCGCUUAUUGAUUCUGAGGCACAGGUUUCCAUUUUGGAGCAUAGUGAGAUAUCCUGCUCCACUUGCUCUGCUGUCACCUACAAGACUUGUCCUGGCUUCAAAAAGCAUUUGAAGAUCUGUCAAAAGGCACCCAUCAGUGAAGAAAUGGAGUUGGAUAGUGUAAAGGAGGAAGAGAAAGAGCAGUCUCCCACUGACAAGGCAAAACCAGAUCCAGCCCAUAUGAAAAUUAAGAAAAGAAUGGAGGAGAAGAGAAAGAAUAAAAAGGAUGCCAUAAUGGAGGCUGAGGAGUUGUUGGACCUAGAGCGCACUCCCAGUGGCAGGGUGAGGAGGCGCUCGGCUCAGGUAGCUGUAUUCCACCUGCAGGAGAUUGCAGAGGAUGAACUGGCUAAGGAUUGGGGAACAAAACGUCGCAUCAAAGAUGACCUUGUCCCUGAUAUUAAGAGGCUAAAUUACACACGACCGGGCCUUCCCACCUAUAACCCUGAAACCUUGGAUACUUGGAAAAAUGAAGUGAAGGAAAAAGGUUUCAUCUGUUGUCCCAAUAGUAGUUGUGAAGCCAUUUAUUCAAGUGUAUCAGGGCUCAAAGCUCAUCUUACCAGCUGCAUCAAGGGAGGUUUCAUUGUGGGGAAGUAUACAUGCUUACUGUGCCAGAAGGAAUUCAGCUCUGAAAGUGGGGUAAAAUACCACAUUUGUAAGACACACUCUCAGAAUUGGUUUCGAGCAACAGGCCAAGUGUCUAACAACAAGACCAAAGAUUCACAGAGCAACAAGCUGCAGAAAGACAUGAAAAAUGGAGUACCCUGGAAGAAAAGGGGUCGGAAACCCAAAGAACAUCUUGUUGAAAGAGCGUCCACCCGAGAAAAGACUCUGAAUAGUAGAGUUGGACCUUCCAUGAAUCACCAAACCUUAAAUCUUAAUACAAGCUUAUUACCUAUCCAAACAUCAAGCCAGAACCCAGCCUGCACCAUACCCAACAAUAUCCCAACACCAACAGAUGGUAAAAAUCUAACCCACAAUAGAGAUUUGCAGCCUCCUGUUAAGAAGAGAGCCAAGCCAAAAAAAGCACCACUCACAGAGUAGCAUGGCUUUCACUACUUCAAUGCCAGACAGGAUGCUGUUAGCAAUUGCCUGUAAACAAACAAAAUAAUAAUUAAUCUGUCAUCAUCUCUGCAAUUUAAUUAUUGUGUAGAAGAUGGAGCUGAUACAGAAUAACAUUAGGCAGAUGAAAAAAUGUCAACAAUUCCUAUUUUCAACAAAUUGCUUUUGUUUUACUGUUUUAUUAUUAUUAUUAUUAUUAUUAUUAUUAUUAUUAUUAUUUAAAAACUCAUGUUUGUUUGUAUUUGCCAUGCAAGACAUCUGGGUUUGAGAUAAAUUGAUGAUUGAUGAAUAUGAGAUGGUAGGUCAGUAUUUUAUCAUUCAUUUCCUAAAAUUCAAUCCUAGAUGUGAGAAACAAUUUAGAAGAUGCUACUUUUUGUAUCAGACCACACACAUUUUAGGUGUGUAAAACAGAAUUGUAUUGGAACAGGUAGUCUUAAAAUAAAUAAAAUAUAAUAUUUGAUUGCAUAUCCCUUACUUGCAAUAGCUGCAUUGAGCUAGCAACCCAUUGAUAUCACCAUACUGUUGCACUCUUUCAUUCAUUUUGGUUUGUACUGCAGCUUCUUUCCUUUAUGGUUAGUUCAGGUGGAAUUUGUUCUUUCAGUCUUUUCCUCAGGAGGAAAAAUGCAUUGUCAAUUUAAUUAAGGUCUGGUGAUUGACUUGGCCAGUAAAACCUUCCACUUUUUUUACCCCUGAUGAAGUCAUUUGUUCUGUUGACAGUGUGUUUUGAGUCAUUGCCUUGUCUGAUGAGGUUUCUAGACUGGAUGCAUUUAUCUGUACAUUGGCAGCUAGGUUGUUUCUGGAGGUUUUUAUUUAAAUUUAUUCUACUGUUCCCAUCAUUAGUUACAUAAUCAAGAAUAGUUAGCCUGUUGCUGAAGCCACCAUGCAAGCCCUUGCUAUGACACCACCAUGCUCAUGAAUCAUAAGCAGAUACUUUCAUUUACCAAACCUUCAUGUUUCCAUCACUUUUGUAGAGGCAUACUAUUCCAGAACAUUUGUGGCUAGUCUCUCUAUUUAUUUACAACUUCCAAACCUUACCUUUUGAUUCUUAAUGUUGAUGAGUGGUUUUCAUCUUGUGGUAUGGCCACUAUAUAUUUGGUUCCCAAAAUUCUUCUUCAAAUGGUAGAUUCUGUUACCUUCACCCCUCUCCUCUGGAGGUAGUUGAUGUCACUGUCUGUGGUUUUUGGUAUUUUUUUGGGGGGUAUUCUGUUUUUUUCUGUCAUAAAUUGCUGCUUGUUUUCCUUGGCCAACCUGUUAGAUGUCUGGCUGUUAGUACACCAGUGGUUUCAUUUUUUCAGUACAUUCCCAAUCCUUCUGCAAUGUCUGAUUUUGCCUAUUUUUUCGACUUCUCAGCUUGCAUGUUUUCCAUAGACAGCUCUAUCUUUUCAAAACAAUUACAGUCUUCACACGAGAAACCCAACAAGAAACACCUGUCAAAUGUUACACUAUUUUUGAUUAAAAUGGGUGGGUUCGAAAAAACAGGAAAUUAAAUCUGAAAUUUUGUUUCAUCAUCUCAGUCAUCACACUCAUCUUUUGUUCGCAAACCUGAAUGUCUUCCAUGUACAGCAACAACGAUAGAAUUGGUCUUGACUUUACAAUACUUUUAUCAAAGAUUGUAUACAUGAAAUUUGACUACUGGUAUACUAAUAUAGGAAAAAUCCCUUUUUGUUUAAUUUUAAAGAUUAUUUCUGUGAUUAAGCUAAAAAAAGGUGUAACAAAAGCUUGUAUAGCUUCCAUAUUCAUAGGUUUGUGCAUAUAUACUCAUACACUAAAACAAUAUUAGGGCAAAAACAUCUGGCUAAUAUUUCUGACAAAUAAAACUCUCAAGAUAUUCAAUUAGCUUCUAGUGCUAAUUCAAUGCUACUUUACAGCUGGUAUUUUAUCAUAUGUAUUGUAUUAUGUAUAUCUAUAUUCAUAUAUGAAUAUUAUACAGACCAGUUUGGUUUUGUCCAUUGAUUCAAAAAAACAGUUGGUAAAUAGAUUUUAUUUUCUUUCAUGGUCAAUGUCUGAUUUGCAUUCAUGAUAUAUUGGAAUUUGUUCAGUUAAAGGAACAUAUAUGUUGGGUUAAAUAGCUAUUGAAAGAGUCUGCUUCUGUGCAAUAGUUUUGCUUUUGUGGUUUGUAUCCUGUCUCUUGGAAUCUGCUUGGUAUUUUACUUCAAAUUUUAGGAGGACUAAGCUUGUACUCAUGUAUGACUGCCUUCCUUUUCCAGUAGCCACCACCAUACAGCAGGUUUAGGUUGAAACCCUCAGGUGCUAGAAAAGAUUUCGGUUAUUAUAAUAAUUCGUGCUUUUAUUUUAUAGAAAAAUAACCAUAAAACGUAGGUCAAAUGCAUCAUUUAAAUCCAUAAAGAAUAAGUCAAGUAGGUAAGUAAAAUUCAUGAAAUAAGACAAGAACCAGUAAAGCUUGUCCAGUUCUCUGUAUGAAACCGUUUACCUAGUAUUAGUCUAUCUGAACAUUUCUCCAAAGCACUGCCCUUCAUGGACAAGCACAUGUGCAUGUGUCAUGUGUCAGUGUGGAUGCAGAUGUGCAAGGAGUGUAACUGCUAUGUUGGAUCAAAUGUAUGCACCCAAAAGUCUGGUGCUUUUGUAAGCUACAUCUACAAAAAACUGUCAGAACAGUUGUGUUUUGUUUUCUUUUGUUUGUUUUGGUUUUUUGUGCAUGGUAUACUAUUACUGUUUGUGAGGAUGACAAAUUCCUACCAGAACCAAUCAAAGCUCUGUAUCAGUUUUCAAGCCAUUCUACUCUCUCUUUUCAGUGCUGAAGAGACACACCAGUAUUCACUCUUGUUCUCUUUCUUUUUUCUGGAUGCUAUUAAAACUUUUGGUUGAAUGUCAUUAUUAUCUACCAUAGAUUUCAUACAUAAGUAAUCUUAGAAUAAACUCCUAUUCCAUCAA